AAUAGCAACCACUGCCAGACAUCUCCGAAAUCAUUCAAGUCUGUCUACUACUAUCUCAGCCUGUGGUUUCGUUUGAUUUGCCUAACUUUUUCAAAAAAUCUUUCAACUUUUCAUAUAUGUACAUAAGCUAAAAUGUUUUGUGUUGCAAUUUUACAGCGUAGACUGUGCCAAGUGCACUGGCGCUUCAAGAUGCCCAAGAUGUCCUAUUCUGAGGAGAAGAAAGCUCCAGCUCUUUUCUUUUGGGGCGGGGGACUUGAGAAGCUGCAAGGCGGUCUGAAGGAAGAGGAAUAUUUUACUUCGCUCACCCAGAAUCUCAUGUUUAAGAUGGGAACCAAGAAGGACGACGCCGACUACUUGCCCAACUGGGAUGUGUUUCAAAAGACACUGGAAACGGCCUCCCUUUUCAGUUCUUCAUGCAUGAACAAACACAAGAAUGCGCUCGAGGAAGCUUUUUUCCUAAACGAGACCGCGGACAACAUGAAAAUAAUACAUGAUCGUGCCCAAGGAGACCCUGAAGGCAUAAUCAAGACCAUCAACAUCAUGGAACUGAAAUCAGAUUCCACUAAUUAAUUGUUCUGUUUAUAACUUUACAUCAAUUCGUUAUCAAGGACGAAUUUAACGUAGUAAAAUUGUUAGUUUUUGGUUAAAUAAUCGUUUGGCAAAAUACACUUACUGGUUUCUGGUUCAAAAUUUA